UCCAAUCAGACGCCGCUGAAGCGAGACACCGCCAAGAUCAGAUUGUGAGACGCGCUGCAGCAGCAAGGCUAGUGGAGAGUGCAUAGAAAGGCUAGCGAACAGUUUGUUCACUUGUGAAGUGCAUCGGGGUCUGACUAUUGGCUGACAGAGGAAAAUCUUUUUACCCUGAUAAUAAUUCCUUUCGGUCCUUUGGGAUCAUGGCUAAAGAUGCUGGUCUGAUUGAAACAAAUGGAGAGCUAAAAGUUUUCAUCGAUCAGAAUCUGAGCCCUAGUAAAGGCGUCCUGUCCUUGGUAACUGUCCAGCCUACAGUUGCACCCGUGGCCAAACAGCUACUACCCAAAACCCUUGGGCCGUCUAAUGUAAAUGUUGCUGCACACAUGCAACAUGUGCCUCACAUGGUGAUUGGAACACCUCAGAGGCCGACCGUUUCAAAUACUAUUUUGGUAAACAGCCCACACACACCCAGUUCCCAAUUCCUCACUCAGAGUCAACCAGCCGAUGCCUCCCCUUGGUCGUCAGGAAAACGUGGUAAGAAAGGGGAAAAGAAUGGGAAAGGUUUGAGGCAUUUCUCCAUGAAAGUGUGUGAGAAGGUGCAGAAGAAAGGAAUAACUACCUACAAUGAAGUGGCAGAUGAACUGGUUGCAGAAUUCAGCUCUUCAGACAACCACAUGUCACCUAAUGAUGCACACGUGUAUGACCAGAAAAACAUCCGGCGGCGCGUUUAUGAUGCCCUUAACGUGCUCAUGGCCAUGAACAUUAUCUCAAAAGAAAAAAAAGAAAUCAAGUGGAUUGGUUUGCCCACCAACUCUGCGCAGGAGUGCCAAAAUUUGGAGGUGGAGAGACAAAGGCGACUGGAGAGGAUUAAGCAGAAACAAUCACAGCUUCAGGAACUCAUACUGCAGCAAAUAGCUUUUAAAAACCUUGUCCAGAGAAACAGACAGACAGAGCAGCAGGCAAACAGAUCUCCACCUCCCAACUCCAUCAUCCACCUUCCUUUCAUUAUCGUCAACACCAGCAAGAAGACUGUCAUCGACUGCAGCAUCUCCAAUGACAAGUUUGAGUAUUUGUUCAAUUUCGACAGCAUGUUUGAGAUCCACGAUGACAUCGAGGUGCUUAAACGUAUGGGCAUGGCCUGUGGUUUGGAGGUGGGAAAGUGCUCCCCAGAGGAUCUGAAAGUUGCACGAAGCUUGGUGCCUAAAGCUUUGGAGCCUUACGUUAUAGAGAUGGCAAAAGGUCCCAUCAGUAAUGUGUACAUCACUGGAGGAUCUUCUGCCAAUGGUGCCCGCUACCCUGCCAGCAGUGAUGGUUGCACUGAUGGCACCAUGGCAUCCAGCUCAAAUGACUCUCACUACAGCGGGUCUCGCGUGGAGACUCCAGUGUCUUACAUGGGGGAUGAUGAUGAUGAGGAUGAGUAUGAUGAGAAUGAAGAUGAAGACUAACCUUACCUACACCUCACCACUCCAACAAGCACAGUCCUUCAAACCACGGUCACAGUGGGAAUUUGGUCCCUGUUCCUGUGUGCGUCUUUAACCUUUUCCCCAGUUUCCUGCCUGUAUCUCUGUCUGGCUCUCUCAGGGGUGUAGAUGAAUAUUAAAAGAGCGGAGGUGUCUUUUUUUUGUCUUUUUUCUGAACAAACACCCCUUUUGUUCUGUUUCUGAAUCACAUGCACCUGCACCACCGCUCUGGGGGGAGGUGUCAUCCAUGGGAACUGUGACCCUGGCACCUGAAGUCUUUGUAUGUUGAAUCCACUUUUUAAAAAGCCAUCCCACUAUGAAAACUCUGUGAACCAUACUGCUGUUGGAGAAUGUAAAAUGUACCUGUUUGAAUAGUCAUUCAUACCUUUGGCAGACAGACAUGAUCAAUGUUCCAAAUGUGUCUGCUUUCACCUGCUGUGUUAGCCUAUCCCCAUGAUUUCUGGAUGGACGGAUACAGUUUCCAUGGCAUCCCAGGAUGGAGUUCCAUCAGAUGUGUUGAUACUUUUUUGUUUUGUGUUCUGGGCAAUGAUUUGAUUUAGUUUUGUACCCCCAUUGUUUUGGGUUGGCUUCCUUCUGUAGGCAGCUGCUUUCUUUUUUUGCUAGUUUUGUUUUUUGUAUUCUGGAGUUGAGGAAUUCUCCGUCAUCACCGCCCUGUUAAUGCCUUGGUAGUGUUUACAAAUAAUGGCAACAGCAAGGUAAAGAUUUUCAUAACCCAGGCGCCUGAUAGGUAAAUAAGCUUUGUUAAUUACGUAUAUAAAUCCUAUGACGAUUGUAGCUUAUAGUAUCCUUUUAGAGGCCAGUGGUAAAGAUAGACAUUCAAAAAUUAUUGAUGUAACACAAUGUGUGGUUGUAUAGGUCUUUGUGUACUCUCUUCAAAGAUCUCCCUUUUAAAACUGAGCAACACAUGUACUGACUCUUCCAAAUACCUUUUCUGUAAUCUAAUAUAAGUUUGCAAAUUAAAAUAUAGAUUGUUUUAAUAA